AUGCCUCCGCCUUCUGCGAACAGGCCCGAUCUUGAGAGUCUUCUAGAAGCAUCCGCCCCUUCCGACCUCGUCUUCUCCUCAUGGGUGUCCCUCGCCGACGCCUCCGCCUGCCCUGACGACUUCUGUGUCCUCUGCUACGCCGCCGCCUUCGCCGUCGUCGUCGCUCUAGACGGCUUCGGUCCCACCGGAUUUCUGAAAUUCAGCAACCUCAUCCUGCUCCCAAAGUCGAACUUGCAUAUUGAAUUUAAAAUCAUAAGGAUCGGCAUGAACCUAGCCUGUCUCCGCCCACAUCACCGCACAACCUCCACCCUUAGUCCGCCCACAUUGCCGCCGACCGCAACUCCCUCUGACGGAUUUUGGCUUCUCCGGCAACCGCGGUCUGUGCACGCGUGUUACGUCAUAGUGCACACCCGCCGGAAAAGACCACCGUAUCGUCCUGCCUGCCAGCAUCCAUUGACCGUCGUCUUCAUCGAUCCACUCCAUCGCUCGCCGGAGUCCCCUCCAUCGGCGCUCCCACCGCGGCUGACUACCCGCUUGUCGUCACCUGCUCCUCCAACCUCACGCCGGAGUUCUGCUGCCGCCACCACAAUGAAUCCACCACCGGCAACCACGCCUCUGGCCUCGUGCUCACAGGCUUCCACCGCCUUCAACGGCAGCCACGCCAGAGCUUUUCUUCAUCCCUCCGGCCACUUCAUUCGACCAGCACUAGACCAACCGCCCCUAGCCGUCUACAGCGCCAUGGUCGGCUCUUAUUUUACGCCCAAACAUAUCCCAUUUAUUUGA